CAGUGUCAUGUCAGUUGUUGUAGGUGUGUGUUUCUCGCUUGCUUUUGCUUCCUUUACUUUGCUUGCUUGAAUGCGCGUCGUCGGUCAAUUGGAAUGUUUAUCUGAAAGAAUAAUUACCGCAUAACUUAUAAAUCGGGUAUACAAACUCCAGUGUUCAGUACAAAUAGAAAUAAACUGCAAAUAUUCACGAUAAACACGGGGAUGUGUACAAAUAUGUGAAAGUGACAGUCGCAAAAAUCGACUUCGUUUUUGUGAUUAUAAUGUUAUUUCGCAUACUUUCAAGUACCGCCAGUUAGAUAGUGCCGCGGAUGUGAAAUGCUACUUUGUAUUUGUAGUAGCUUCGAGGACACUUGAAGCACUAUGUUGGAAGCGGGAUAGGUUGACCAUCAGCUAUAAUGCAAGACGAGUAUUUGGAGACGGGGAAGAGCAGGUUCGAGCGGCGGAAGCCUACGAAGGUGCUGAAGAUAGCGGAGAGUUUUACGAACUUGGAUGAGAACGCUAAGGCCGGGAGGUUCGUAAGGGGGCCUCACUCGAAGGUGGGGCGUCGCUUCCAGGAGAACGGUGGAGGACGGGACAGGACGAAGCGUGCGGUGUGUUGUGAUGAUGAGUGUGAUAAGGAGUCGAGUGUCAGUGAGGGGGAGGGGCAUGGGGAUCGCCGGGUCACGGGCUCCUCGUGCAAGGCUCUUCGGACAGCCGUUGCAGCCCUCUACCCCUUCGAUGACUUUGUGCUGGAGAAGAUUGGCUCUGGAUUCUUCUCUGAAGUUUUCAAAGUGACCCACAAGACUUCAGGCAACGUGAUGGUGCUGAAGAUGAACCAGCAGCGAGCCAACCGACCCAACAUGCUCCGCGAGGUCCAACUUAUGAACAAGCUCAAACACCCCAAUAUACUUGGCUUCAUGGGCGUAUGCGUGCACGAAGGCCAACUGCACGCGUUGACGGAGUACAUGGAGGGGGGGUCGUUGGAACAGCUGAUCCUGGGCCGCAUGGAGGAGCCCCUGCCGCAGCCGCUGCGGGUGACGCUGGCGGCGGACAUGGCCGCCGGGAUGCAGUACCUGCACUCGCUCGGCGUCUUCCAUAGGGAUCUUACUGCUAAGAAUGUAUUGUUAAGGAAAAAUGGAGAAGGAGACUACACGGCGGUGGUGGCGGAUUUCGGCCUGGCCGCUAAAAUACCUCAUCCUGUCAACGGCUACCGCCUCCCGAGCGUGGGGUCGCCGUGGUGGAUGUCACCCGAGUGCCUGCGCGGGCGCUGGUACGACCACCGCUCCGACAUCUUCUCCUACGGCAUCAUACUCUGUCAGUUGAUCGCCAGGGUGGACGCCGACCCGGACGUGCUGCCUCGCACGGACAACUUCGGCCUCAACUACAUGGCGUUUGUGGAGCUGUGCGAUGAGCACACGGUGCCAGACUUGCUGCGGCUCGCGUUCAACUGCUGCAUUUACGAGCCGAAGGCGCGGCCGCUAUUCCCCGAGAUAGUGGAGAAGCUCGCCGAGGUGAAAGAGACGCUGGACGACGCUGCCUGGCGUUGCCACACGCCCAACACCGCUGAGAGUGAGGAAGCGGACUCGUCAGGUCCGCGAUCGUGCCCCGGGCUAUACGCGUGGCGGCGCCCGCAGCGGUACAAGUCUGAGGGCAGCCCCCGACUACAGCAUUACCAUGAUCAUUUGCAGCACCGGCGCUCGCUGUCGGAGCUGGAGUGGUGCGAGGCGGGCGCGGGCGCAGGCGCGGGCCCACGGCGCGAGGCGGGCCCGCGCGCGCCGCACCGCUCGGCGUCGGCGCUGGCGGGCGUGCGCGCGCGGCCCGCGCCGCCGCGGCUGGCGCGCCUGCACCGGCUGGCGCACAUCAUGCUGCUGCGGGACGCGCACGCCGCGCCCACGGCGCCGCGCCCGCUGCACACGUUCCGCGGCGUCAAGAAGAUCCUCGAGCCCGCCACCGAGCGCGCCGGCGGGUUCUCGUCGUGCGUGGAGCUGCCCUCGCCGCUGGUGCGCGUGGACGCCGAGCCGCCGCUGUCGGACGACGAGCCGCGCUGCGCCUCGCUGCCCUCGUCCCCCGGCCUCAGCCGCCGCGGCUCGCUCGAGCGCGUCGAGCCCCCGCCCCCGCCCCCGCCGAAGGCUGGCCCCGUCACCAUCCAGAAGAGCAACUCGAGCGUCGAGCUCCGCCGCCGCGGCUCCUGCGAGAGUGGCAUCUUCUCUGUCGCGAACGAGGACUUCUGCCCGCAGCACCCGGGCGCCGAGUGCUUCUACGGCGCGAUGUGCCCCUGCUCACUGAUGGGCUGCCACCGCUGCUGGUGGUGGCGACGCGACCAGUCGGACGAGUCCCGCGACGAGGCCCACGACGAGUUCGAGGAGGCCCGCGACGCCGGGCUGGAGGAAGAGUGCCGGCCGCGGGUACGCAUGUGCUCGGACUGCCUGCUCAUCUACGACCGCAUCUUCAACGCGCGCUCCUACCGCCAGCUGCCGCGGCCGGCGCCCGGCUCCGCCAACUCCAGCCUCUUCGUGCUCGACGACUCCGCGCUGUCCACCACCACCGUCAGCUCGCUGAGGAGCCUCGACGACCUCGAGGAGACACCCCCGCGGACCGAGGAUACCAACACUGCGAGGAAGACCUUCGAGCACGAGAUAACGUCGCCCUUCCUCUGCGGGAAGCUAGACGCGAGCCGCCCGGACUCGGACGCCUCCGAGACUCCGGAGCCUACUGAGAAAGUGAAGGAGUACCACAUUCUGAACCGGUGUUGUUGUGUCAGUCGCGCCAAGUGUCUCGGCGGGUGUGUCUCGCAUAAGACUUUGGACGAGGACGACUUGUACAUGCUCCAUCGAGGUCCGCUGAUCAACCACUUGCUGAAUUCCACAUACAAGCGCACGUCGAGCGUGUACACGGACAGCUCGGAGGACGUGGCGUCGCUGGCGGGCUCCGACAGCCUGUACUGCGACGACCGCAUCCCGCGCCACGUGCGCUCCGCGCAGAUAUCCAAAAUCGUCGAAUACUUUGAGCGCAAAGGCGCGGACUUCAAGUGCGAACGGACUUUCAAAGGCCACUCUAGGUUUAAGAUGAGCAAUUUCGGGGGGAAAGUCGAGAUGUUACAGUUUGGGAAGAAAGAGGGGGAUAGGAGUGAGAAGGAGUAUUUUGUGGAUGUGAAGCAUAGAGGGGGGACGGGGGCGAGUCGGCUUUCAGAGCUAGUGGGGGAUGACGGGUGUGGGAGGAAGUGUCUCGCGCAGCAAAGACUGAUGAUUUGCGAAGGAGCGGUCAAGUCGAAACUGCCGCUCUUCGACAAGAAGUCAUAACGGUAGGCGGUCCCGGUCGACGGCAAAAUCUCUUUAACAGUCCCUUAAAUUUUAAGAGACUAUAGAGUUGGGCCAAGGCAGCAUGUGAUUAUACAAGGUGUCAGAUGAAGUGGUGCAGUUAGAGAUACGCUGCGCUGAAGUCAAUUGAAAUACUUAGCAAUAGAUUAAUAAUUAUUAUCCAACUUCAAACUUAACCACCUUUUAACAUACAUCACUCCAUUUAACAUCCUGUAAAAACGCGAUUUAAAAUAAACUAAAACGUGUCUUCUCCUUAACUAGACCGAAUCGCAUUUACGAACGCCUUUCGCCCAAAAACUACGUCUAUUAUACAGAUAAUCUGUAACUUAAUUAAAAUUUAAUAACUAAUAAAAACCCACUAAAUUAAGUUCUACAAAAAUAUACACCGAAUAGAGAGACUUUGCAGUCGACUGAUUUUUGUUGGGUAGUUGUGUCAAAUUUACAGUGACUAGUGACUUCCAUAGUUUAAAAGAUAUUUUUAUUCGUAAUAUAAAUACAGGCAAGAGAGCAAUAUCUUUUAUUGGAGACUUCUAGUUUAUUCAUGUUAUACAGUAGUUGCAAGGCUAGUGCCAACGUGUCAAACUAAUUCGUACGCGGGACUUGGAAAAGGUAUCGCUUGAACACGAUAAAAUCCCUCCAUUAAUAAAUAAUACUUUAUUAUUAAACCCCUUUUUAUUAAAAGACUUUUAUUUACAAAUAAAUAAAUAUAUUAUUUUUAUUUCAUAAAUCAGUAAAUAUUGUAGGUGUGCAAUAAUGUAGGUAAAAUAUUAUACCAGUGAUAAAUUAAAAUAUUUUCCAAAGACAUUGUUUUGAACGUUCAAACGGCAGUUUUAAAUAAUUGUGUGUUAUAAACCGGUAAAAAUGAAAAGUACCGGUCUCUAACGAAAAAAUACCGGUUUCUCAAGUCCUGCUCAGUCCAAAAUGUGUAACAAUAUAACGUGGACUGUCGAAAAUACUGACAAUAUAUACUAUGAACAUGAAAGUUAUAGAUUGAAGUUUAUUUUACGACUGAAUUAAAUUAUAAGCAUUUCUUUGGGUUGAGAUUGUAAGGAAUGAUCGUAGAAAUUGUUUAGGAGAUUAGUCAAAUACGGACGGUUAGUCACGGCGGUCGAGUAGUCCUUGUUGGUUAAAUGCUGGCCUAUUCAAGUUUAAAAUAGGGCCUUUUUAGUCGACUUUAGUCUAAAUAUAUAGCAUAUUGUCGUCGAGAUAUUCGUUGGGAUUUUAAUAACAAAAAGGGAGUAUGUUUUCCUUAUUAAUAUAACGAGAUAAAACGUCAUGUAAAUAUAUAUAUUUAGGUUAAUUUCAUUUCAUUAAUAUACUUUUAAUUUAUAUACAGUAUUAUAAUAGUACUUGCCAGUUCAGAUUAUUUUAUCGUAAGUAUGUAAAUAAUUAUGUUUUAAGUUUUAUUACUGUCAUAAUAACAUUUUGUACUUUUCGAAAAUGGCAACGGUUUUUAGUACUGAUCUUAAUAUAAGUAGUUUAGAAAGUAUUUCUUUUUAUAGUAAUUUAAUUGAUAGUUUUCAUUUCUACACGUUUAACUUGACACUUACUCCGUCGGAUAUCACGACAACGUCAAGUGCCAAGUGAUUAAAUCGAGCUACAUAAAACUUUAUAAUAUUUAUUUUACAAGGACAAAGUCGCAGAUUGAGUUAUUUAGAAAAUAGAUUUAUUUCGUAUUUUAUUUGGAAUUGCAUAUUUCUUAUACAUUUGAAAGAUUUCUUAUUCAGUUUUUUGUAUAGCUAACAUGGACUUGAUUCGUCCUUGGAGUAAAUUGUAUAUGUAUAAAAUGUUAUAUUUACACGGAGUGGCGCGAAACUAGUCUUUUUAGGCGCGUUGCUUACACGUCCGUCGUUCGAGUAGGUAUCCGUGAUUUUUUUUAAACAAGUUUGAAUAACUUUAAUUAUGUAUAAUAAGGCACCCGAACCGUCUAAGAUGCGUAACGCCUUUAGACUUCCUUUCCUAUAUAUAAAAUCGAUGUACAAAUACGUGUCAAAUCACACAUUACUUGAAAACGUUAGUUAUUAUCAUGAAAUAGUGUCUCUAUAACACUAGACAUUGGCAGCAAAUCAAGAUGAAACAAAUAUAAGUGUAUAUUUUUAAACAUAAAAUUGUUAAUAUUAAACAACUGAUAAUAUUUCUUUUACGUAUACCUACAACUGAUGAUAAUAACUGAUGUAUAUUCAACAAAAUAUUUAUUAGUAACGAUAUUUUUGUAAAUACAGUAUUACACAUGUAUUUAAUAUUCAUCGUCAUAUAAUAUUUUAUCUUGAUCGCGGUAUAUUGUUAAAGUCAGGGUAUUUGGUGAACGUGUAUAAUAGUGAACGAAUCAAAAUUAUUCCAUUUUUAAAUAUUAUGGUGUGACGGAAAAGGUAAGGACGUUUAUAAAGAAACAUGUUAUUUUACGGUGAACGGAAGGAAACAUGGAAGUAUUAUUGUUGCUCAAAAUUGACGCAACGAAAAUCGUACCUAGCCUUUAUUGCUGUCGUAUAAAAGUAUAAAUAGGCGCGAGCCUGUCACGUACUGGUAUGUCAACUUAUUUCCGAAACGGCGUAAGUACCUAAACACAGACAAAUAGUGUCAUAAUAUCUAUAACUUUGACGUGUUUUUUUUUUAGUGUACUGUUAUUUUUCCACCGUGAGUGUGUUUUGGCGUCAUUAUCAACUGCAGCAAAUGUAAAGAGACUGCUUGCAUGUUUAAUUCCGUUCACUGUUAUUUUAAUACCACAAGACACUGGGCGAGUGAAUAGAUUUUGACGUUUAGCAGAAGCUUAAAAUAAUUAUUUAAAAUGUGGAAUAUUGAUGGUGCAAGAGUAGUUUACAAAUAUCAAAAGCUAAGUAUUUAUUUUAGUUAACCAAUAGACAUAUAUUAAUAGCCUUAUGUGAAAACAGAAUAGGAAUUCGUUGAAAUAUUAGUUAGAACCAUCCCAAAUCAAGGAGUUAGAAAGAAACAACAAACAAAUGUCGUUUUGCUAGAACGGGACGGAGCAUUCCCCUACUACGGAUUUUAACUAUUACUAUAUCUGGCGUUAGUUGAGAUAUUGAUAAACGCCUCAGAUCAAUCUUAGCAUGUUCCUACCUACAACAAGGAUCUUGUAGUACUUCGAUGACAUUGAAGAGGGCGCUAGUGUGCAAUCUCUUCACAUCUGUCAUAAAAUGACGUUUUCUAGGAAGACGGCGUUAGUUCCCAUUUUGGCCGCAAGUUCCCAUUGUCGCUCAUACGUCUUGCGCCUUUCACUCGCCCAGCUCGAAACAACAGUGCCAAACGAGAUAUUAAUAUUUUUUUUACUUCACAAAAGUGUUGGAACAUUUUUUCAACAAAUGUUAUAUCUCCCUGAGCAAUUACUUGUCCGUCCAAUAGGCCGAUGGAUUCGCUAACAGCUAAUUAGAGGCUUAACCGACUGAAAUAAAGCAGCUUUUUGCAUACUUCAUUGUUCAAGGGUGUGUUUUAUAGCUUUUGACGUUUUUUCUUUGUGUCAUAUGGGUAACGUUACAUCAAUAACAUAGGGAAAUUCGCUAGUCUAUCGUUCUGUAAAAUGAAGGCGAAAACUCAAGCGAGUGAGACAAACUUAUACUGGAUUUUUCUAGAAACUUGUUAAUCGCCCAGUGGAACUAGACCCGCGACUCGCGCGAGUUUAUCGUAGCGCCAUCUAUCGACAUAUUUAACUUGUAUUGGUGUAGUCGUAAGUGCAUCAUAUCUAUUUCAAUAGCUCAAACCGUAACACAAAGGCUGAGGGUUCAAGGUUCCUAUUGAAUUCUCGUUACAAUUUUACUAUAAGCGGCCUAUUCGAAUCAUAGAAAUAUACUGAGAAAGAUUCCAACAUGGCGUCUUUCACCGAUAACGUCAAGUGCUUAAAACACCCUCGCAUGUAUUUGCAGCAACUUGUUAGCCUUCAAACAUACAAUUGUGUUUAGUAUAAUGAUACGCUUAAUCUGCACAUGUUAACUAACAAUGUUAAUUUUGUAGGCUAAUGAUCCUGAUUCCUGCAAACACCUCCUAAUUUUAUUUUAACUUAAUUCCGUCGGGUAAUAUAAAAUUUUAGUAGGAUUUUUUUAAUGUCUGCCUAAAAUUGACGUGUGUUCCAGCCUGACGAUUACGCGUCCCUUUCCUUUUCGCCGGAUAAGAAAAUGACAGGUAUAACUUAAAAUAAACUUAGAUGGUGUCUACUGGAAUCAGCAAUGUUAAUAUAAGCCUUAGAACUAGAGUCAUUUAGUUCGUUAUCGAGUAACGAAAGUAUCAUUAACGGCGCGGGAAUAAUACUUAUUGCUAAUUAUAAAAACGGUUAAAUAAAAUUGUAUAAUGCUAAAUGCGUGCUUUCCUCUGCGUAAAGUUUUCAAAUCAUUUGUAAAAUUAAGUGUCUACAGUGCGUUUUACUACAAAUUGAAUUUUGAAUUUGAAAUUGUUACCAUAGAAUAAAGAAUAAUAUCUACUACAUAUAGAAAGGGAACUCCGCCCCGCCCGAUUCGCAUCGGCCGCCGACCUCACCCUCUCUUAGUCUAAAGUAAACCCUUCAGGGGGAUGAGUCUCAGUACCGAUACGGGAGUCCAGUUACGAGUACUAAUAUGUAUUCACUUUGGUACCAUGUCACAUUAACUUUUUUGACAAAUUAAACCCUAAGUCCCAUUAAAUGUCAAAUAUGGUAUUGCGACAGGGUUCUAAAGUGGAUACAUGAUAUUACUUAUGACUGUCCAUUCUAUACGUAGAAACUUUAAUCUAUGGUAUGCAUACAACUUUUAAUAACCGAAUUCAUAAAAAGUCAUAUUAAACGCACUGUAAACAAAGUUACACAUAUUUUUUUGCAAUUUUUGUUGACUAGUUUGUGCAUGUAACUCAAUAAUUAGCUAAAUCACUAUUGCACGCGGAUGUUUCGGUGAUAUUUAUAACUUGUUCUCUACGAAUAAUACGUCCCACUGCUGGGCAUAGGCCUCCCAUUCAACAAGAGGAAGCAUGGAGCAUACUCCUCCACGUUGCUCCAUUACGGGUUCAUAGUACCAAAGGGUAUAUAGCAUUCUCACUCCACCAUUUCUUUUUCGAAUUCGAAUGGCAUUAAUUGGCUGUUUGACACAGCUAGUGAAUGCCAUUCGAGGCAAAAAUAAAUAAUAUGUCAGCGGUUUAAGUGUGAAAACAGUGCCUUUUAUUGAUAACUUAUUUACAAGUGGCAUCUAAAUAUUUAAAAUGAGUAAAAGCAACUAAUGACUAGGCGUGUAGGUAUACCCUGUCGACUGGCCAGGGACGAUGUAGGAAGGUCCCAUUAAGCCCCCGCCACUUAAUGUACCAUAAUUAGAGAGAUAUAUAUUCACAUCUCUCGUCUCUUUCGCGCUAGGCGAUGAACUAUAUAUCUGUCCCUAUAUUAAAUAGGGUUUAGUGGUUGUUUCGUAGAGAGCGAGAUAUAAACAUCUAAUCGACUGGAAUAAAGCUGUUCAUUUUAUGUUAUUUCGUAUGUACAAUGGUACAAAUCUCAUUAUGGAGAGCUCCAAGUGUACCGAGACGUAGGAUUAUUAUACUUAUAUUGUCAAACGUACCUGUUGAACACCAGUUAUGUAUAAUGUGCAAUAGAAUACUUGAAUCACACAAGGCUGCUUCGGAUUCAAUUUUAGUUCAAUGUAUUGAAGAAAUUUUACAUACAAAUCGAACAAUACAAUAGAGAGUUAUUGUAUUAUUUACAUAUAAUAUUAUAUGGUAUUGCAAUAGAGAGCUAUCCACACUAAAGAAAUUAUCAAUUAAAAAAAAUAAAGUUUGAACUCUGCAUUGUUCUGUGGCGAAUUCGGAUAACACAACUUCAUCAUCAGCCGUACGACGCCCACUGCUGGGCAUAGGCCUUCCCCAAGGAUCUCCACGACGAUCGGUCCUGCGCAAGGCGCAUAUCACAACUUACCAUGUUAAUAUCACUGAAAUAAUAACUCAUUUUUUUCGCAAUUUAAAAUUGGACUUUAUGUAAUUAGGUUGAUGCCGCUUUAGUCACGAAUAGUUUUUAUUAUCUGCAAUACAGAGACACUAAUCUUGAACCCGCAGUACGGUGUAACUUUUCUCAAAAUAAAUGGUAACACCAAAAAAUGUUUCAACACUAAAAGCGUCUUGCCGGUAAAAAAAAAACAGUUUUUUUUUAUUCAAGGGUAAAGUUACACCACAAUAAGCAUAUCAGUUUCAGGAUACUUAGAUAACUAGUUAUUUGGAUAAUAAUGUUAGAAUUAAACAAUUUCACUUGCGAGAGGACUCGCUAACACGACAAGAUGCAAUAAUUUGUCUACUAGCAAUUUGGUUUAAACUUGUCAUUGUAAACAGUUAUAUUAUUAACAUUUUUCAACGGAAUGCCUGUCCAUAAUCCGACUGAUAUAUUGAAAGACAAUAUCUACUAAUUCUACGUGUUUCGGACGAAUUCUCAAGAAAGAAGCCCUUUUCUUCUAUCUGGUAGAUUGUGAGGUCGGUGACCGCAGUAUACUAUAAAAAAAUUAACCGUCUGUUGUCCAUCGAAGUCUCUCGCAAGCGAGUCCUGUUAUCAAUAUAAGUUCUUGUAAAUAUUCCUAACGUUCCUUGUUUAAGGCACUAACGAAUAGAAUUUUUUGUUAACGGUUGUGUCUUUACAUACCCAGACUUGUGUUAGAUAAGUGAGCCGGUCGAGGCAGCGAUUAUUUGUAACGAAGGUGGUAUUAAAUAUAUUUUGUUUCAA